UCCGGACCUCCUUCGUACCCCCCUCUCACCUCACCACAGACACGGCAGAAUCAUCUCCGGGCCGCAACGUUGGAGCCGGUGUCUGAACUUCUGAGGGAGCUGCAUGAACAGCGUAGGUUCAAGAUGUUAUACUCGUUCUCGGUACCAGACAUGCCACCCGAACUCUCUCGGGACUGCCCGCUACGUUCGGGUUCUGCUACGGCACCACGACCGGCCGGCCUUUUGACCCUCACUCCUCACCUUCGUCACUUCAUAUAUCUCCAUAUCGACGUUGCACGGUUUGACGGGUACCCAUACACCUUUUUCCUUAACGGUCACAAGGACUCGCCCGGCCUGUCCCGUUAUGAGCCGCCACCUUCGCGCAAUUUCAUGGGCCUGUUGCUGUCUUGCCGCGUUUUGUACACCGAGGUUGCCUCUCUGCUGUACUCGGCCAACCGGUUCAUUCUUUUCUACACCCACCAACGCACUCUCAGGCCCCUCCGUGCCUUGUCGCCAACCUCUAUCGCCGCCCUGACCAACCUGAAGAUCGUUCUCAACGAAUCUUCCUGCCACAACCCAACUAACGCUCCGAGUUACCCACCGCCUUGCUGUUUUCACAGGCUCAUGGCCCAAGAACUUUGCGCCAAACACCACGGGAGCGAGCACCGUCGUCCGCUGUUGGAUUCUCUCUCGGGGAUAACCCCCGCCGCGACCAGACUGGCAACCCAACCCAUGCUGACUGAGUGGCACAAUACCGCCGCCUACCUGUCAUCCCAUGCUACCCCCGGCCGUCUCGAGCUCUGGUUCGUUUGCGAUAUCGACCCUGCGCAUGAAUACGCCCUCGAGGCAGCCCAACGUCUCGUUGCCCCGCUCGCUCUAUUCCCGCUCCUGAAAGACUGCCAUGUAAGGCUCUGCAGCGCACCGAAUCGGCCUCUCCAGCGGCUGGCCGAAGAAGCCGUCUUACCAGCCCGCCCUGGUUCCCCACCUCUCUCGCCGCUCUUAACAAACCUACCCGCCGAGCUACGUCUCCGCAUCCUCGAGUACACCGACCUCGUAACCCCCUGGAAAGAGGUCACUUGGUGCAGACGGAACCGCCGCUAUUACAUAUUCAGUCCGAAUUGCUUAAUGUACGAAGGCGGAUGCCCACCUCACAUCCACCACGGCUGCCCUCUCAUCAGAUGCACCCACGACGAGGAAUACAUACCGGGGAAAGACAUACGCCGGGUCCACGGUUGUUUCUGCCGCCGCCUCCACGGCGCCUACACCUCGACCUGCAAGUGCUGGGUGCCACCAACCCGCCUCUUCCUCAUCAACCGCCUGCUCCGCCACGAAGCCGAAACCAUCUUCUUCUCCCACAACCGCUUCGUCGUCCACGACUUCUACGCCAUCCCCCCUCAGAACCUGCGCACCUACCUAGCCGCGCACCGGGCCUCGCACCUCCCCGCGCACUUCCCCCCGGACCCCAUCCCCCGCUUCGACCCGGACGAGCCCUUCGACGGCCCCCCGACCAACGAGCGCGACUACGUGCACACGCGCUUCGCGGCCUCCGAGUUCCUCCGCGCCGUCGUCCCCACGCAUUGCCUCGCGCACCUGCGCUUCCUCGAGCUGCUCUUCCCGCCCUACGUGCCCAACGACUGGCCGCUCGAACGACGCUCCCUGCAGCGCGAGUGGCGCGCCACGGUGGCAUGGGCGUCGCACCACCUCAACCUGCCCGCGCUCGCCGUGCGCGUCGUCAUGUCCUACCCGCUGGUGCACCCCGACGUGCGGCGGGAGCUGAGCGAGGAGGAAGGGACGCGGAUCUUGAGGGGGUACUGGCGCGCGGCGAGUCCGUGGAAGGAGCUGGCGAGGGAGCGCGGGCUGGGCGGGCUCUGGGUGCAGACGGCGUAUCCGUUUCGCGGGGAGAUGAAGUCGGUUUAUUGUGUGGGGCUGAAGUGGGAGGAGGAGUGGAUGGAGGAGAAGGAGCGGGCGCUGAAGGCGCAGUAUGAGCAUAUACCGGGUCGGGAGGGGAGCGGCAGGGUUGAGCCGUUGAGAGGGGUUUGGCAGCGCUGGUAUGAGGUGCCUUACUAUUGAGUUUGGUUUUGAGGCCGGUGUUGGUUCUGUUCGUGGCUAGAGAUAAUACCUGUGCCUGGUGUUGACGUAGGCCGGACUUGGCGAGGGAACUAGGUAGGUUGCGAUUUGGAGAUUAGUUGAUGGCAUUACUCUAGGGCUAGGUUCAAAAAGAUUUGGAAUCCUAUGGUUUUAGACUGCUGAUGAGCCCCUAUCCUGGGCAAAAUACAGGCUGCUUGCUCAUCUGAAUGUGGGGCGGAUAAUUCACAAGUCUGCGGUUGUUAAGGC